UCCCUGUGCACAGGCGAACUCGAGCAACGACUUUUGUCUUUUCUUUAUACUUUGUGAAAGUUCUUGAUCAACGAAUCCGGGGUGGUAAAACCUUACCACAACACAUUUUAUAAAACAGUUGCAGUGGAUGCAUUGUUUGCAUCCGUGGACUAAUCGCAAUAUAUAUCGCUAUAUUUUGUAAGGCUAUAUCCUCUGACAGCUAUUGCGUACUGCCGACUCGGCUUGUGUGUGUAGCGACAAACUAUGAUCAGUACAAUUGCCAAUAGAAGGUUGCUACACUAUUGCUAGAACUCGGAUACUGGUAUUUUACAUUACGAAUGCUUACCGGAAUGUUGAAACUUAUAGCUACUAAAAGAUAUAUGGAGCUAACCUGCUAAGUCGAGUAGCUCGGUAACGCAUAACAGCUUUUGGCUCGACGACAAAAUAUACCGCUGUUGUGUUUUGGGGAACACUGUGGUCAAUGUUAAAUGUUUAUAGUACAGGCCAGAAUCGCAGGCUUUCUCCUGUGCGAUUUUUUUUCACUGAGAUUGCCUUCGCGGUGCUGCCAAUCCACCUAGAUCGUGGCAACAAUACAGUUUGCUAGUAGCUUUUAGCCGGUCCCUUGUGUUCGCAGCAUUAACACAACGCUACUCUCGUCUUGCCGGCUAAAAAUACACUUCUUGUCCAAUCCUUAAUGCCCGUCCAAAACUGGUGGGCUAGUCCAUGACGAAUGUGAUCACCACCGUCCGUUCAAGACGACUGGAAGAGCGAGUGGUACUCCGAUGCGGUGAGGUGAGCUGGUCGGCUCCAACGAUACCUCAACCCGGCUUGUGGACUUAAGAUCUGUGGCUAUUCAGUGGCCAGACGCAUUUUGUCCUAAUGGCAGCGUCUCGUUAUCAGUAGUUACAUAAAAACAUUUAGUCCAACCUUGGGUUGGAAGGCAACUUUGUAUCUGUUUCAGCGCUUUGUUUUUUCUGUCAACUGGCGAGACUGGCUCGAUCUGUCUGAGGUAGGACAAUGUCAGAGGACAACAACGCAGACAAGUUCAUAAAGGAGUCGUCGAUUCUGGACGAGUACAACAUAAACUGGACACAGAAGUUAGGGGCUGGGAUCAGUGGACCUGUCAGAGUUUGUGUGAAGAAGUUGACUCAGGAACAGCUGGCUCUGAAGAUCCUCAUCGAUCGCCCCAAGGCUAGAAACGAGGUGCGUCUCCACAUGAUGUGUGCCCAUCAUCCAAACAUUGUGCAAAUCUUGGAGGUGUAUGCCAACAGUGUCCAGUUUCCACACGAGUCCAGUCCAAGAGCGAGGCUCCUGAUCGUCAUGGAGAUGAUGAAAGGAGGCGAGCUGUUCCACAGAAUCAGUCAGCACAGGCACUUUACUGAGAAGAUGGCCAGCCAGGUCACCAAACAGAUCAGUCAAGCCCUGAAACACUGUCACUCCUUAAAUAUUGCACAUUGUGACUUGAAGCCAGAGAACCUGCUCUUCAAGGAUAACUCUUUAGAUGCCCCUGUGAAGUUAUGUGACUUUGGCUUUGCCAAAAUAGAUCAGGGAGACCUGAUGACGCCUCAGUUCACUCCCUAUUACGUAGCACCUCAGGUACUUGAGGCUCAAAGAAGACACCAGAAGGAAAAGUCUGGACUCAUACCUACCUCGCCCACUCCUUAUACCUACAACAAGAGCUGUGACCUGUGGUCUCUGGGUGUAAUCAUCUACGUCAUGUUGUGUGGCUACCCUCCGUUCUACUCCAAACACCACAGCCGCACCAUCCCUAAAGACAUGAGGAAGAAGAUCAUGAUGGGAAGCUUCGACUUCCCUGAAGAUGAGUGGAGUCAGAUCUCAGAAAUGGCCAAGGAUAUUGUUCGCAAGCUGCUGAAGGUGAAACCGGAGGAGAGACUGACUAUUGAAGGAGCCCUGGCUCAUCCCGGGCUAAACUGCACUGAGGCCAUGGACAACGUGCUGCCUUCUGCCCAGAUGAUGAUGGACAAAGCUGUGGUAGCAGGUAUCCAGCAGGCCCACGCAGAGCAGCUGGCCAACAUGAGAAUCCAGGAUCUGAACAUCACCCUGAAGCCACUCAACUCUGUCAACAACCCAAUCCUCAGAAAACUACUAGGCCCAAAGCCAAGUGACGGUAUCUUCAUCCAUGACUCAGAGAACGGAGCUGAAGACUCCAACGUAGCGCUCAAAAAAUUACGAGAUGUGAUUGCACAGUGUAUUCUACCACAGGCAGGAGAGAAUGAGGAUGAAAAGCUGAAAGAGGUGAUGCACGAAGCCUGGAGGUUCAACCGAGACUGUAAACUGCUGAGAAAAGGUCUGCAGAGACUCAGCUGGGACGGUCGAGUCUUUUCAGAUAAGGUGGAUCGUUUGAAGUUGGCGGAAAUAGUCAAACAGGCCAUCGAGGAGAAAACCAACCUUCAACAGUCUCAUUAGCAAAUGCUGAAUUUUUUUUUCUAUCUUCUUUUUUUAUAUUGUCUAAUAUUUGACCCUUUUUAACCCACAUUUGUGAAGGAUGCUUUUUGGAAAAAGACACUUGCAAAGAAAAGGUUAAUUUUUUUUUUUUUUUGCAAAGAAGGCAGAAAAUAGGACAAAUGAUGGGUUUUUCUGUGAGGCAUUUUUUAUGAGCUGUAUGUCUAAGACCCAAUUUAUUUUAUCCCUAUUUUUUUUUCUUUUAACAAUCCUAAUAAUUUUAUUUAUUGAAAACAUAUUUUAUAUUUGCAGCCUGGCUGUGUGCUUUAAAGUUGAAAAGCUGUUCUUCCACACACUUUCUGAAUCUCAGAAUGCGUUUAAAUGAUACAAAUACUGGACUUUUGUUUGUGCAAACUUCCUUCACCCUGAAGAAAAGGGUAGAGAGAAACCAGAGCUGAACUUCCUGUGCAAUGAACCUCAUGAGGCCUCAGAAGGGUUAUUUUUGUCCCAAAACACCUUACUUCAAUUUGCUGGAUUUUGUUCAGAUCACAUAAUAAUACUCAUGAUAAAAAAGAUGUUAAAUGUUAACUUCCAUCUUUUUUUUUUACACCACAAGAUGAGAAUGUCAUAAAAAGCUGUAGAUUGUUCUUGUUUUAUUCAAAACAUUAUAAUGAAAAUACAUGUGUUUUUAACCUAGAGUUUUCCUCUUAAUUCACUAAGAGUGACAGUGAGUCUUCUCCCAAUGCUCCUCAGGAUUAACUGAGCUGAUCCUGACCCUUCCCCUACUGAUGCUCCUGCUCCCUCGUUUUUCCCCACUGGGUUUUUACCUCAUUGUUUCUGUUCUUUACUGCCACCUACUGGGUCUUUUUCCAUUGCUGAACUUGUAUUUACACCCUGAAACUACAAGUACACUUGCAAGAAAAAAUAGAGAACAAGAAGUAAAUAGAGGCAGAGGGCAGCAUCACUGCACAUGGAAACACUAGACUUACAAAAGAAGAUU